AUGAUGGGAAGUAGAAGAACAAAUGAGAAGGACCAACCCCCUACCUUUACUAAUUCAGUAAUACAAGCAAAUUGCAUUGCUUCAAAUACACAAUCAACCAGCAAUGCGACUUUUCAAGAAGCAAAUGUUUCUGCAGGUCAUUUUGAGUCCAUCCCAGAUUCUCCCCUCCUGAUCUCCCCUGGUUGGGAGAAUAUGUAUUCAAUGAAUCAGCCAAUUACCCAAAGGAUGCCUGAAACUAGUGGAAACCCCAUGGCUUAUCUCAUGAACCCUAGUAGCUUCCAGAACCCCCAACUUAACCUGAAUUCCAGUACUGCAAACACAGACCUUCCAGAAGUUCCAUUAGUACCUGAAUGGAACACGAAAUGGAGUCCACAGUUUAUCAAUCAAGGACACAAUGCCAUUUUAGCUGGUGGGAUGAACAAUGGAGCUGUCAUUAGUAACUUUGAGAACCCAUGGUCUAGUAAGAAUCCAACUACUGCUAGAAACUUUGCUGGAGAUCUUCAGAUGAACAGACAGGCUGGAGAAUCAAAAUUUGGACCUUUUAAUAGACCACAGUUAGAUGGACAUUUUGCUCACUCGCCUUUGCAUUAUCGCCCUAGAGACACUGCACCAAUUCAUACUCAAAACAAUGUCAACUUCAAUAACAGUCAAUGUGGGGUUCAAGGAAAAGUUGAGAGGAGUUUCCUGAGUCUUGGCAUUGGUGGCACUGAAGAAGCCAUACCUACCUCUCAACCAGGCAGCAGAGAGACUUCUGACAAGCUAAAAGAAGCAGCUUCAGCUGAGUUAAAAAUGGCUCGUGCUCGGAAAGCUAUGGGUCAAAGUCAAACUUUAAAUGCUAACUUUCCAGGUUUCCAGAGAAGCACUAGUGGUUUCUCUAAUCAAUUGGAUCGAAUAACCUCAACUGGAAAUGAGGUUGGAGUUCAUUGUACUCCAAAUAGUGGGCCAGGUUCUAGCCCUUAUCAUAUUUUAGAAAUGCAACAAAAUGAUAUGCAGCAUGGCAUUUCUAGGCAUGAUGAUAGCAACUCAACUUUUCUGAGCAGCAGGAAUGCAGGUUAUGGUGAUGUGAAUCAUUAUAGAGCCUCUGUAGGUAAUCAAGCUGUGCAUUCAGGAACAAUUGGUGGCAAUUCAGCUCAAUUCCUUAAUUCCCAGCAACAUGGUUUGAAUAGGGUUGUGCAAGAAUCUGCUAAGCCUUCAUAUACCAUGUCUCAUACACCUUCCGGGAAGCUACAGAAUAUUCGUUUCAAAACUACAAACACCCUACCAUCAGAGAGUUCCAUGAAUUCUUCUCUCAAACUUGGAAGUGGUUCUACUUCUACCAGACAGAAUUAUGCAGGAAAACAUUCAUAUUUACAGAAUCACAUGCCUACCCAAGGUCCUGGGGGUGGUCUGCUUUCACAGAACCAGAGGACAGCAGUGCCUCAAGUAUCUUGGGUUAGCAGUGGUCAAGGUGUAACAGAUCUCCCAUUCCCAAAAAGGCUGGGAGUUGAGGUUAAUGGGAGAGAUAGCCCUCAAUCUGCUGAGAGACAAAUAAGCUUGCAGACAACUAGUGCAGGUCAAAGUCAAACACGUCAAUAUCCAGAUAAUGUUGUCCGACCUUCUAUUGCACCUGUCAGUUAUCCGUUGAAUCCUCAAGGCCCCCUUUUCAGUCAUGGCCAAUCUCAAAUGGUUCAGCUUCCUAAUGAUCCUAGAGGACAAGCUUCUACAACUUCUGUUGAUGGUCUCUCUAAUAAGUCUAAGUAUUAUGCGAGACCAUAUCACAAGAGAAGUGCAGUGGCCCCACCUUCAGGUCCCCAUUGGGUUCAACGCCAGAAGAUGUCACAUCCAACAACUACUCAUCAUUCGAUGCCAAUCCGAUUCCCCACAAAACCAGCUGCUCCUGUAACAACCAAUCUUGUUCAUCCUUCCAUACCAAUCUACCAAUCACAAUCACAGACUCAACAACGUGUUCGUGCUCUUAUGCAUCCUUCUAUGCCUUACACAUCAAAUUUUAGACCUCGUGUUCCUGUGACAGCUGCUCCUACUCCUACAGUCUCUCAUAUUACAUGGAAAGAUCCUGAGACAAGUCCUCCUGAAUUGACAAAAUAUAAAUGCUUGCUAUGCAAGAGGGACCUCUCUUUAACAUCAGAAGGUGCAGUAUACCAGCCUACAGCACCACCAGCAGUUGCUGUUCUUCCUUGUGGCCAUACUUUUCAUGAUCAAUGUUUGCAAAAAAUCACUCCUCAAGACCAAGCAAAAGAUCCUCCUUGCAUUCCUUGCGCCAUUGGUGAAAAUUAG